CACGCACCACCUAUUACUUAAGAACUGUCACCAUUGUUUACAUCACGUUCCCCGGCAGCUCAGCGGAUUAUUUUCGUUUUUCACCGGAAGAUUGACCUUUUUCCCUUGGUGAAUAGUCAGCUACUUCUUUAAGAAACGCAGCGCACAAAUGCUGACUGUUGCUUAAGCGGCGACUUCAUUGACGACAGCUCGAGUGAGCAAAGGAGGCGGUAGCUUGGACGGUUCUCAAGUAGUCGAAAGCUCGGGGCCAUCUGGAAGUGAUCAAUCAACGGAAUUAAUCUCAAAGUGCUCGCGCUAUGGACGGGAAAGUGCUGAUUUUUGCAUAUUUGCUGCUGGUGCUUGGGAUGAAUGAUGCGGCGACUACCGUGAAACACUCGCACAUUCGCGGCAACGACAAAAGCAAGGAGCGCACGGAGGACGGAAGCUACAGUCCCAGGGAUGCCCAUCACCACGAAGACGGGGAACAUCACUCUGAGUUCGAUCAUGAGGCUAUUUUGGGGAGCGUCAAGGAGGCGGAGGAAUAUGAUCAGCUCAGCCCGGACGAAUCGAAGCGGCGCCUGGCAAAGUUAGUGGUGAAGAUGGAUUUGAACCAGGACCAAUUCAUUGAUCGGCAUGAAUUGAAAGCAUGGAUUUUGCGAUCCUUCAAAAAACUUUCCGAAGAAGAAGCUUCCGAACGCUUUGAAGAAUUAGACGAAAAUGCUGAUGGCAAAGUAACCUGGGACGAAUAUGUUCGAGAUGUUUUCGAUAUGGAACCAGGAAAAGAAGAUUCGCUCCCAGUAGAGCAGAAACUCAUGUGGGAUGACGACCGAGAAAUGUUCUUCACAGCUGAUUUAAACAAAGACGGUGUAUUAAAUUCCGAAGAGUUUGUCCUAUUCCAGAGUCCUGAAGAACACCCCGAAAUGUUACCACUAAUUUUGCAACAAACAUUACGCAGCAAGGAUACAAAUAAGGAUGGUGUUAUUGAUUUCCAAGAGUUUAUCGGCGGAGAAGCACAGGAUCAUGACAAAGAAUGGCUCUUGGUGGAAAAGGAUAAAUUUGAUAAUGACUACGAUAAAAAUAAAGAUGGCUAUCUUGCUGGCAAUGAAAUUCUUUCAUGGAUGGUACCCAGCAAUGAAGAAGUGGCGUCGGAUGAAGUGGACCAUUUAUUCGCCGCCGCCGAUGACAAUCACGAUGAUCGACUAUCGUAUCAGGAAAUUAUCGACCAUUAUGAUACAUUUGUCGGAAGUGAAGCGACGGAUUAUGGUGAUCAAUUGCACGAUGAAUUGUAAAAUGAAAUUCGAGAGAUAGAUUUUAUGUUUUUAGACAAAAUUUCGAAAUUUUCGCUCUCUUUUAUCAACACUACUUCUCUUUUUUACUAUUUCCCAAAAAGGGGAAUAAUAUUGCUCUAGGAAAUCUUGAUUUUUUGCUUGCUACGAGUUAGACCAUUUAUAUUUUUCGUGUAACAAGCCUUUUUGCAUCGAGUGUGGUUUUAUUGUUUUUUCAUUUACCUUUACCUCGGUUUUUAUAGAAGUAUUAUAUUAGUGAUAUAUGGUGUAUGAAUAGGAGCAGUUGUUCAUUUUCCGUACAAAAUUUCAUGUGUCAUAAACUUUUUUUCACAAAAAUGACGGAAA